CCUCUGUUAGAAGCCGCUUGCCUGACAUGUCGUCAAAAAUCGCGUCGAUGCGAUCGUGGACGGCCGGCAUGUAAGCGCUGCAUCAGCAAGGGAUUGCAAUGUGGUGGCUACCCCGACAAGUUUCGCUUUUGCGGGAUCGCCAGUCGUGGCAAGUGGAAGGAUCGAGAUGCCCCUAUUGAUACAGAGAUUGUCUCCACUUCCUCCUCUCCUUCAUCAUCGAAUUUCUCAAAACAGACCGCCACUAAGCGGACAGAGAUUUCUUCAAGUGGUUCUCCCUAUCAGUCACUCGUAUCCCAGAAGUCGACCCCGAAAGACCAGUCAGAAAUCAGCACAGUCCUCGGCUUGGAUGAAACCGAAUUGCUUUUGAAACACUACGAUCACAUGGUCUGCCCACAUCAGAUCGCCCACGAGAAUAACAGUGACAAUCCCUAUCGGUGUUAUGUGCUUCCUCUGGCAUAUGAACAGAUCGGCCUCCUAUAUGCGGUUCUUGGACUCUCCGCAUGCCAUCUAGGACAUUUGAAAUCUGAUAAAGAUCUUUAUGAAACGACUGCCGUCGAUUACCGGGUCAAGGCAAUUACUGCCUUGGGUGCAGCCAUCAGAAAAGUCUGCUCCGGAAGUUUUACUGACGAUGAACGAGACGGCGUAUUUGCGACAAUCCAGAUCCUACUACUUCAUGAUAUUCGAGAAUCUGGAGUCUCCACACAUGGCGCGCAUAUAUCAGGUGCGCUGUCGAUCUGUUCCCAACUGAAGCUCGAUCAACACUUGACUGUGAAAGAUGAGAGAACUGUUUUCUUCCUGGGAAAUCUAAUCUGGCUCGACAUAAUUCGCGCAUUUGCUGUGCCAGAACGAUUGUGCUUCACACAAGAGCUUCGUCAAAAGCUAUUAUCCCUAUGUGACCUGAGGUUCGAAGCAGUAAAUGGUUGCCCGCGGGAACUGGUCCUUAUCAUUGGUGAAAUUUUCGAGCAUGGCAAAGCGCAUUCGAGCGGUCAUCUGAGCACAGAGGGUUACGAUACGCAAGUCCAAGCACUGAUCCAGAAGAUGUACCGAUGGGAUAGCUCUCGAUGCUUCUUUCCCAGCGAAGAUCCACUUUGGCGAUGUGUCGCAGAGGCAUUUCGCCAUACCUGCAUUCUACGUGCUUGGCGUCUUCUCGAUCCCACCGAACCUGCAUCGACGACGCGCAUUCAGACCUCGGUCAUGGCGAUUCUAGACUCUCUUGCACACGUUCCGGGGACCAACCCGAUAAUAGAACUUAACGUGAUGCCUCUAUUCAUGGCUGGUGCCGAUAGCCUCUCUCCUCACUCGCGUCAUUAUGUUCUCUUGCGUCUUGCAGAAAUCCAAGCAAGAUCUGAGAUGGGCAUAGCAGCACCGUACUCGUUGCUUGAGAAGGUGUGGCUAGCCAGGGCUCGUCAGCCGGAGCAUGAUCAGAGCAAUAUUCCUUGGAUGGAUUUUACCCAUAAUACCGAGUCAAUGCACCAAGAUGAUUAUUUGAUCAUAUAG